GGUAAAACCAUGCGACGAGAGACGGCUCACUAGCGUAGUAUAAAUAUCUUGUUGUAGAAGAAAGUUUUCUUCGUGUACGGGUUGAAUGUUUUGAGCUUAGAAAAAGAAUACAAUAGGACUUCACUAUUUUUGGUUUUUAAAGUCCUUUCAAGGAACCUAUAGCUAAGAGGGUUAUUAUUGUGCAAGCAUCUAUAGCAACAAUUUAAAGCAUACGUACAUAUAUACAAAAUAAUGGCAGAAUGCAGCUCAUGUCACACCGUUAUGCCUCACAUGGAAAACCUAAUGGUCCAAUCGAAUAGAAACCUUGCAGUGCAAUAUGAUACAAUCUGUGAACUUGUAGACUCUGACUCACAACCUUCACCUGUGUCAAGAAGGAAAACUCCUCCUCAACCUGAGCCCUCAAAUGAACAGGCUUGCCUGCCUAAAAACUACCCAGUGCAAUAUGAUACAAUCUGUGAACUUGUAGACUCUGACUCAAGUCCUUCACCCGUGUUAAGAAGGAAAACUCCUCCUCAAUCUGAGUCCUCAAAUGAACAGGCCUGGCUGCCUGACAAUUCAGAAUGCUGCUCAGUAAAAGGGGAUAAAACGCCUCUUCCUAAAGAAACUUCAGUUGAAGGUGGUCACAUUCUUGCAUCUGAAAACGUUACGAAAACAGAAGAAAAGAGUAUUGCCCAAGAUGAAAGUAGUGCAACAAAAAGUUGUAAGAUUGUUGUGCAAGAAGUUUUGCCAAUACCACAAGUUGUCAAUUUUGUGCCCCACCCUGACAACGUGAAAAAUGUCAGAAAACCCAAAGACACAUUUGUCACAGUUGAGGAGGAUCAUAUUGGAAAUGGUGAGCUACAUAGGCAUGUUCCAGAGGUUUCCACAGAGAAAGAAGACACAAGCGAUGGCUACAACUUUGCUAAAGAAGAUAAUUCAGCAAAGCAAGACCAAAGCCAUUACCAAACAUUGGGGUUUCCAACCAACAUUGACCACUGCUCUGGUGAGAAUAUUUCUACUGAUGAAUGCCACAAGAGAGAUAGGCAUUGCUGUGCAAUGCCAGACAUUUCACGUGGGGAUUUGAUAGCUAUCACAAGAUUUAGGCAUUCAUACAAACACUUUAUGGUUUAUAUAGGAGAUGGGGAUGUUGUGCACCGAACAGGCGGAAAAGACGAGUGGUUCAGCUUUAGAAAAGGAAGAAUCAAAAGGGAAAAGCUUGCCGACAUUGUAUCAGAUAGCUCUAUGUGUACAUUGGUUAUUGAAAAUGGGUCAUGGGAGGGUCAUGACCCUCUACCCACAGACGAAAUCAUCGACAGAGCCAUUUCAAAAAUUGACGAAAAAGGAUAUAAUCUGAUUUCAAAAAACUGCGAACACUUUGCUCGCUGGUGUCGAUAUGGGCAAGAAGUCAGCAAACAAGUAAACGACCUACUAUCUCAAAUAAUGCUUGCUGCAGUUAUUAGUAUUCCACUACUUGCUUUUACAUGUAUCUUCUAUUUUUUUUAAUGAGCUACAGUAAAAACCUGCAAAAAAACCCAGUGGAUUAAGAACCACCAGGCUGAAAUUUAGCCAUUAGAGAUUUUGUACCAUCACGUGACGUCAGCCAUGUUAGAUGACAGGAACAAUACUACAUUUUACUUGAGAAAGAAUUCAAUUCCCAAGACCGAAGGGAUCUUUUGUUCUGAUACCAACCACAGGCAGUCCGAGGUAGAUUAUUAUAUGGGCGUGGGCAAGCGAUAUACAAAUAUACCAAUAUACAAAAAGCACUUCAGCCUUACAACUGAGACAGGUUCUUACGUGAAAAUUACAUUAAAGCUUUUAUUGACAAACAUCUACACUUGCAUGUUCUAAUAAGAUCUUUGAGAAUAUUGUUAAAUGUUUAAUAUAAAUAUAAAACCUUCUGGGGUCAAUACCUGUAGCUGUAACUUCUUAAAUAAAACACCUUUAAAUAAGAACCUAAGUGUUAAUAAGUACUCAGCCUGGUUUCUCACUAGAUACCAAAUAUAUAAGAACCAAUACAGCCUGACUUGGAAAAUUGGUGCUUCUUUUAUGUUGGUUUUUACUGUAUUUGGUUAAAAAUCUCCAAGCAAAUGCAGACGAUACUGAACUGAUGAUGGCACACCAAACUCAAGAUGAACAAUAUUAAGACUGCUUCUUUUGAAACGCAAAAAGAAAAGAUCGUUAGUAGUUGGAAUGGUAGUUGAAUAGUACAUUUAUUAUUUCCAUUGAUUUCUCUUGUGUCUUGACUAUUACACAAGUAAUUUUGGUUCCACAGGUUAACUAGAGUACAAACACUAGUGUGCAACACUUUGCACUAUUUAGUAGUAAAUAGUAAUAAUUAAACAAUAGAAAACAAUAGGAUUAGCAUAAUU